CUGAAAAUAUGCAGUUGAGUUAUAUUAUUCUUCACCAUACUUACCACUAACACAUUGCAUUUCCACUAACAACUUCCAAAACCAAGAAAAUUAAUUUAUGCAAUAAUUAUCGAGAUCUGCGUGUAGCACUGCGUUUUCUUGACGGAGAAGAUUCAAGAAAUUAUAGCUUCUUUAAUUAGUGGAACGUUAGAAAUAAAAACUCUUUAUUUCCUCUUUGAAUCUUCAACAGCUGCAACCACUACUGCUACCACUUUACUCUUUACUAGUCUUUUUUCUUCUUGGGUGCGUGUUCUUCAAGAAAUGCCUCGUCCAUUUCUUUAAAUGUUACCGUUAUUUUUCACACUUUUAUUUCUUGUAUCUGAUUACUUCUACUUCAGUUCACUUCAUUCGCUGAUGGGUAUUUCUUGAUUGACUCAAAGGGAAGAAGACGAGCUGCCGAAUUUGAUACAAGUCACCUUCAAGCCAUUUCACCUUCAUACUCUAUGAAGAUACUAUUAUUUCUUCCGGCGUUAGCAUUCCUUUUACUUCUGUUUUACCCUCCCCAAACUAAUGCUGACCUAAAAUCUGACAAACAAGCUCUCCUUAACUUUUCCGCUAUGGUUCCACAUAGCCGAAAACUUAACUGGAAAUCUUUUACUUCAGUGUGCACUUCUUGGAUCGGAAUCACAUGCAAUGGCUCCCAUGUUCUUGCAGUUCGCCUCCCGGGUAUUGGACUAUAUGGUCAUGUUCCAGCCAACACACUCGGCAAGUUGGACGGUCUCAUGACCCUCAGUCUUCGAUCCAACUUCCUUACCGGAGAUUUGCCAUCAGACAUACUAUCCCUUCCUUCCCUUCAAUAUGUAUACCUUCAGCAUAACAACUUUUCAGGCACUAUUCCUUCAUCUCUUUCCCCUAUGCUUAACUCAGUCGACCUCUCCUUCAAUUUCUUCACAGGCGAUAUCCCUCCUACACUCCGCAAAUUAACAAACCUUACAAGUUUGAACCUCCAAAAGAACUCCCUCUCGGGCUUCAUUCCUGAACUCAAUACCUCAGUGCUCAAACAGUUAAAUCUGAGCUUCAAUCACUUGAAUGGUUCAAUUCCAUCUGCCUUUCAAAAGUUUCCUAGUUCCUCCUUCGCGGGGAAUAAUAUGUUAUGUGGACCACCACUGAAUCAUUGUUCAGUGAUCACACCCUCCCCUUCUCCAGCCCCUCCUUUCUUAUCGCCCUCUCCGGUCAGCCCUCAACAACCAAGAGUUGGUUCUAAGAAGAAACUAAGUACAGGAGCUAUUAUUGCCAUUGCAAUUGGAGGCUCUGUUCUGCCUCUAGGUUUGUUUCUGGUGACGGUGAUAUGUUGUUUGAAGAAAAAAGUCGGUGAAGAAAAUAGUGUGCUAAAAGGAAAAGUUGGAAGGGGCGAGAAGCCUAAGGAAGACUUUGGAAGCGGGAUUCAAGAUUCCGAGAAGAACAAGCUAGUAUUUUUUGAAGGUAGUUCUUACAACUUUGAUCUCGAGGAUUUGUUGAGAGCUUCAGCUGAAGUACUUGGGAAAGGAAGUUAUGGAACAACUUAUAAGGCGAUAUUGGAGGAGGGAACAAUGGUAGUUGUGAAGAGGUUAAAAGAUGUGGUGACAGGGAAAAGAGAAUUUGACCAGCAAAUGGAGCUUGUAGGAACACUCGGCCAGCACCCGAAUGUCAUUCCUCUCCGUGCUUAUUACUACUCCAAAGAUGAGAAACUCCUGGUUUAUGACUAUUCAUCAGCUGGAAGCUUUUUCACAUUGUUACAUGGAAACAGUAGUUUAGGUCGGAAUCCUUUAGACUGGGAAUCCAGAGUAAAGAUUUGCCUUGAAACUGCAAGAGGCAUAGCCCAUAUCCAUUCUGCUAGUGGAGGAAAACUCAUUCAUGGCAACGUCAAGUCGUCCAAUGUACUCAUCGCGCAAGAACUCGGUGGCUGCAUUUCAGAUUUCGGAUUAAUUCCUACAAUAAUGAGUUACCCUGCUGUCCCGUCUAGAAAUGCAGGCUACCGAGCUCCUGAGGUGGUUGAAACUCGGAAACCUAUCCAAAAAUCCGAUGUGUACAGUUUCGGGGUUCUCCUCCUUGAAAUGCUGACAGGCAAAGCUCCGGUUCAAAUGACAGGACAAGAUGAUGUGGUUGAUCUUCCGAGGUGGGUGCAGUCUGUUGUUAGAGAAGAAUGGACUGCCGAGGUGUUUGAUAUAGAGCUCAUGAGAUAUCAAAAUAUUGAGGAAGAAAUGGUGGAGAUGCUACAAGUAGCAAUGGCCUGUGUUGCAAGAGUGCCGGAAAUGAGACCUACGAUGGACGAAGUGGUUACGAUGAUUGAAGAAAUCCGGUCGUCGGACUCUGUUAACCAAUUAUCAUCAGAGGAGAACAAAGAAUUAGAUACUUCAACCCCAUCACCCAUUUGUUUAUGAUCAUUAUAGCAGAAUUUUCCCAUGUAAAAAGAAGAAAAAGGUCCAUCAGUGGUGCAAUCAUCUUAGUUUUACAGAGUUUAGUUUAGCACAUUGGCUUUUACAUUUCAUUUUAUUUAACUUGCAUUUCUUCAGAGUGGAUAGUGUAAAGAUUUCCAAAAACAUUAUCAAUGCUUAUGCUUUCAGAUUCUCCGA